AUGAGCCUCAUUUCAAAGCUUCUGAGGUUUGGCAGAAACGCAAGCAAAUCGCUUCCUGAACAAUGCGAAUAUGCAAAAUGGUCGAAAGAAGAUCUUGUGCGCAAGGUUAUGGAGCUUGAAGCCGAGAACAAGCGCAAAGCAGAAGAUGAAGGAGAUCGCUCCGAAAGUAAGACCAAAAAGGCUAAGAGGGACGACCUCCCUGAAAAAAGAAAGAGAAAGAAAAAGGACAAGCCUUUCGACUUUUCAAAAUACGACACAAGGUUUGUUGCGUUCAAAUUUGCCUACUUGGGUUGGAAUUACAACGGGCUUGCCAUUCAGAAAGAGCCUACUCCGUUGCCAACUGUGGAAGGCACUAUUUUGGAAGCUAUGAAUGCUUGUAAAUUGGUUCCUUCAAUGGUCCCGCAAGAUUACAACUUCAGUCGAUGCGGGAGGACUGAUAAAGGUGUCAGUGCAAUGAACCAAGUUAUUUCAUUGCAUGUGAGAUCCAAUUUAACAAGAGAGGAACAGCAGGAUGAAGAAAAUGAUGGACGGGAAAUUGACUACAUCCAUAUACUAAACCAGUUACUUCCUGACGACAUAAGAAUAUCUGCUGUCUGUCUACGUCCGCCAACAAAUUUCGACGCCAGGUUUAGUUGCCAGUAUCGCCAUUAUAGGUACCUCUUUCACAAAGAUGGAUUGGAUAUUAAGAAAAUGGAAGAAGCCGCUCGGAUGUAUGAGGGGGAGCAUGAUUUCAGAAACUUUUGUAAGCUUGACGGUUCGAAACAAAUUAACAAUUACAAAAGAAACAUCGAAAGAUCUCGAAUAAUAUCGCUGAGCGAAGAUAUUUACUGCCUGGACCUUAUAGGCUCAGCAUUUCUUUGGCACCAGGUACGCUGCAUGAUGGCGAAUCUUUUUUUGAUUGGGCAGGGGCUCGAAGAUACAACUUUACUCAAGGAUCUUAUGGACGUCGCAAGGGUUAAGCAAAAACCGAUUUACGAUAUGGCUAGUGAUAUACCUCUGAUUUUGUUCGACUGCAAAUUCCCAGAGAUGGAGUGGAAAACGGUAGAUUCUAACAAUUUUAAAUCGUUGCAAUCAGACCGCCGAGUGUACGCCUUAUCACUAGAUUAUAACUUGAAAUCCACUGUCGCCAACAUUUUUCGGGAAACGCUCUGCGUCACAACAUCCGAAAUUCAGGGCAGAACGCGGAUCAACCUGGGAGACGGCAAAGGGAAAGUUGUUGCUGUGUAUCAAAAGAUGCUAGAGAGGGGUGUGAUGGAAUCCGUGGAGUCAGUGAAUCAGAAAUUCAGAGAGAAGAAGGCCGCAAAGAAGAGGAACCGUAUGACCACAACCUGA